AAUUAGUUACUUGCGCAGGUCUAGGGUUUAUAUUUCACGUGCGUAUAUAUAGGUCUCGCUUUUGCUUUGAUUUUCACAUAACGUUCAUAUUGUGGGAGAGUUUCUCUUAUCUUUUUUCUGAAGAGUAAGGGAAAAAGCCUCCGUUGAAUAAUCAGAUCCGAACGGGUUUAUUGAAGGAUAUGGCUGGCAGUGAGGAGAAACAGUCUAAAGCUAAGGAGACUAAAGCUAAGGAGACUAAAGCUAAGGAGCCUAAAGCUAAGGCGACCAGUGGAGGGAAGAAGAAGGAGGUGAAGAAGGAGACUGGUUUAGGACUCUCACAUAAGAAAGAUGAGAACUUUGGGGAGUGGUAUUCUGAGGUUAUUGUCAAUGGUGAAAUGAUUGAGUACUAUGACAUCUCUGGUUGCUAUAUUAUAAGGCCUUGGGCAAUGUCGAUUUGGGAGACAAUGCAGAGUUUUUUUGAUCCAGAAAUAAAAAAAAUGAAGAUUCAGAAUUGUUACUUUCCUCUCUUUGUAUCCCCUACUGUACUACAAAAGGAGACGGAUCACAUAGAAGGUUUUGCUCCAGAGGUUGCUUGGGUGACGAAAUCAGGGGAAUCUGAUUUGGAGGUUCCUAUUGCAAUCCGCCCAACUAGUGAAACAGUGAUGUAUCCCUACUAUUCUAAGUGGAUAAGGGGACACCGUGACUUGCCUUUGAAACUGAACCAGUGGUGCAAUGUUGUUCGAUGGGAGUUCAGCAAUCCUACGCCGUUUAUCAGGAGUCGUGAAUUUCUCUGGCAGGAAGGGCAUACUGCUUUUGCAACAAAGGAGGAAGCAGAUGCAGAGGUCCUUGAUAUAUUGGAGCUCUACAGACGUAUUUACGAGGAAUUCUUGGCCAUUCCUGUUAUAAAAGGCAAGAAGAGUGAGCUAGAGAAGUUUGCCGGUGGGCUUUACACAACAAGUGUCGAGGCAUUUAUUCCAAAUACUGGUCGUGGUGUACAAGGUGCAACUUCACAUUGUUUGGGCCAAAACUUUUCAAAAAUGUUUGAAAUAAACUUUGAAAAUGAGAAGGGAGAGAAGGCUAUGGUCUGGCAGAACUCCUGGGCUUACAGUACCCGUACAAUCGGUGUAAUGGUGAUGGUUCAUGGGGAUGAUAAAGGCUUGGUGCUGCCGCCUAAAGUGGCUUCUGUGCAAGUUAUUGUGAUUCCUGUGCCUUACAAAGAUGCUGAUACUCAAGGAAUUUUUGAUGCCUGCAAUGCCACUGUUGAAACCUUGUGUGAAGCAGGUAUUCGUGCUAGUGCAGACUUGAGAGACAACUACUCUCCUGGAUGGAAGUACUCACACUGGGAAAUGAGAGGUGUUCCUCUCAGGAUUGAAAUAGGGCCAAAAGACUUGGCAAACAAUCAGGUACGUGCUGUGCGACGUGACAAUGGAGCAAAAGUUGAUCUGCCCAGGGACUGUUUGCUUAAGAAAGUAGAAGAACUUAUUGAGAAUAUUCAAGAUAGCUUGUUUAAUGCUGCAAAACAAAAACGAGAUGCUUGCAUUCAAAUUGUAAAAACUUGGGAUGAAUUUGUGGUGGCUGUUAGCCAAAAAAAAUUAAUCUUAGCUCCUUGGUGUGAUGAGGAGGAGGUGGAAAAAGAUGUGAAAGCACGAACUAAGGGUGAGAUGGGAGCAGCCAAGAGCCUUUGUUCCCCACUGGAGCAGCCUGAAAUGCCCGAAGGUACUAAAUGCUUUGCCUCCGGGAAGCCUGCAACAAAAUGGACCUACUGGGGCAGAAGUUACUAGAGUCUGAAGUCAAGUUCUGUCGACACUGCAUUUUGUCUAUGUUUUGUGAUUUCUGCAGCUCCAUCAAACAGCAGGAAUUGCGAGAGGAUAGAUUAUAGUUUUUUGUUAUAAAAUUGUUGGAAUAUGUGGGACAACGUUCUUCUUUUUUAGUUUGUAAUUAUUUUGAUUAUAUAGAAGUUUUGGAUAGUUUCAAUGGGCUACUUUUCGGUUAUUUGGAAUUCCGAUCAUGAGUACGAUAUGCAGUUCUUAA